AUGAUUAGGGGAACAAAUCUUCGUUUUGAUGUUAAUAAAUGUUAUAUGGAUUUAAAAAAAGAUUGCCAGAUUAUGUCCACUCAAUAUCAUCGAAUAAAGGAUCGAGAAAUUAUUGUUCGACGUUAUCGACAGUUUAACAAAACGGAAGAUUCAACAGAGAUAUCGUUACGUGUCUCUGAAUAUAAACUGAAUGAAACGACAAUUAAAAAGUAUUUUUCAAAUCGAUAUGGUAUUCUAGUCAGUCUAGUGAAAGGCAAUAGUAGAUCUACUGGUUUUGAUUAUUUUCGUCUCAGAUUUAAUCAUUUUGAUAUUGUCGAUAAAAUUCUUCUUAAUGUACCACAUACAAUUGAUGGUGUACUUAUGGAAAUUCAUCGUGGACGAAAAUCUACAAUGUCGUCACCCAACACUCAACAAACAACGACAUCAGUUAUCGAUCAUCAUCGUUCAGAAUCAACACUUUCAUCUAAAAUAUCUUCAAAUGUAAAUAUAAACGAUGUCAAUAAUUCAUUAAACAAAUCUGAACAUACUUUAGAGAAUAACAUCGUACAAUGUAAUAAAUACGAACUUGAAAUCGAAUCGUCGAAAGAUGAACAUCUAAAUGAUGAAUACGAAUUGAAAAAUGAAAAUUUAAAAUUACAACUUCAAAUUAACAAUUUGAUUUUAGAUAAAGAACGUUUAGAAAAACUUCUUGAACAAAAACAAACAGAACGAGUCUUUAUACAACAUGAAAGCAAAGAACAAUCAGAUAAAAUCGAUUCAAUUAUAUUAGAACAUAAGAAAAUUAUUGAUCAAUAUGAACAAAAUAUUGAUUCAACUACAAAAAAAUUAAUGGAAGCUAAAGUAGUUAUUGAUCAGUUUGAAGAAAACGUGCUGUUCUAUAAAAAUGAUAGAAAACGUCUGUUAGAAGAUAAAGAGACUUUACGCAAAGAAAACGAAAACUUAAAAGCUCAAAUUGAAGAAAAUAAAAAACAAAUAGAGGAUCUGUCAAUCGAAAAUUUAACAUUAAAGUCAACGAAUGAUUGUGAUAAACAACAACAACAAAUGGAAGAACGUCUUAAAAACUUAGAAAUGAUAUUAUUACAAGAGACAACAGGAGAUAACGAUGACAAUAACACAUCCUUGCAACAAUAUGAAUCAAAACGAAGAAAAAGACGUGAUUUUUGGCUGUCGUAUUACGAAAAUGACUUUCGUAAUAUGGUAAUAUGGUUAGAAGAUAUGAAGAUUCGUUUAUACUUGGUGGAUGAUCGACAAAAUUUGAGAAAUGUGCGAAAUCCACAAUGGAACGAUGCAUAUCAGAAGUAUUUGCAAGAUCUGAAAUAUCCAUAUAACGAUAUAAAUGAUCGUGCAAUUAUCAGCGAUUGGCUAAUUGGUUUAGCAAUUCGACUAGAAUUUGGUGACAAUAUUGACAAAUUCAAAUCUGUUACAUCUGUUAAUGAAGUGACAACGAACGGUGACAGUGGCAAAUUCAAGAAAGAAAAUCCAUUAGAUAAUAUUGAUUUUACAAGUCAAGAAUUUAAGAAAGGUAUGGAAAGAUUAUGUGAUAUUUUAGAAAUACCACCAAAAUUUAAUGAUACAACUGCUGUUUUAAGAGCUGUAAGUAAAAUAAUAACUAAGAAACUUUCAAAAGAAGCAAUGGAAAAAGAAAAAAUUAAAGAACAUGGUUCUGGCGUGGAUUUUUCAGUCGAUAAAAUAUCUUUGGGUUUUGACACUGGUGACGCUAUCAUUAAUGAAGCAGCAAAAAUUUUGCGUUUAUUAUAUAUCCAAGAUCUUCGUCUGUUACAAACAAAGAUUAACGAAGCAAUUGUAGCUGUUCAGUCAAUUGUAGCUGAUCCUAGAACAGACCCAAAAUUAGGAGUAACUGGACGUUGCUGCUACUAUAUUCGUUUGUAUUAUGUGAAUACAAGUUCAACGCAUGUAGAAUUGGUAUCUGAUGAUGAAGAUGAUACGCAUCCAAACAUCGAUACACCCAGUUUAUUUCGUUGGCGUCACACGGCACGUGUUGAACGUAUGGAAGAAGCAGAAAAAACAAAAAAAGAGCAUGAGCAAAAACGUAAAGAACUUGAUCAACGACGAAAAAAUUUGAACGAAAAAGUAAAAAAAGCUUCACAAGAUGGUGGUAAUGUAGUAGCUUAUGAAAAAGAACAAGAAGAAUUGGAUCGUGAUGAAAAAAAAUGGCAAGAUGAGGAAGCUGAACUGCAUAAAAAAGAACGUUUAACACCAUGGAAUGUUGAUACAAUUGGCCAAGUGACAGCAUCAAAAACUUUAAUCAACAAGGAUAAACCUAGUAAAAAACCAGCGAAUAUGACGGAAGAAGAACAAGCACAAUAUUAUAAAGAAUUUGUUGAAAAACAUAAGAAAGAUAUCAAAGCAUAUGGCAUGUUCAAACAUUAUGAUGAUUCACAAAGAUUUUUAGAAGAACAUUUAGAUCUUGUUUGCGAAGAAACGGCAAAUUAUCUUGUUGUCUGGUGUAUUGAUUUGGAAAUGGAAGAAAAACAUCCAUUAAUGGAACAUGUCAGCCAUCAAACAAUGAUUAUGCAGUUUAUACUUGAAUUAGCCAAAAGUUUACAAUAUGAUCCACGUCAAUGUGUCAAACCGUUUUUUCAAAGAAUGAAAACAGCUGAUAAACAAUAUAAAGAUGCAUUUUUUGAUGAAUUAAACGCGUUUAAAGAUCGUAUAAAAAAACGAGCUGCGCAAAAAGUGGAGGAAGCACUGGCACAAUACGAAGAAGAAGAGCGACAAAAACGUCUUGGUCCAGGUGGUUUAGAUCCAGUCGAAGUUAUGGAUACUUUACCAGCUGAAAUGCAAGAAUGUUUUAAAUCACGUGAUAUUACAAUGCUACAAGAUGUUAUAUCAAAAUUACCUAGAGACCAAGCUGCUUACCAUCUAGAUCGUUGUGUCAAAAGUGGAUUAUGGGUUCCUGGAGGCAAUCAAGAUGAAACUGAUGCUAGUAAUGAGGAGAAAGAUGGUCAGCAAGAGUAUGAAACUGUUAACAAGGAUUAA